UUAUUUGCCUUUUGUUAUCGGGAAAAGAGGCUUUUGAAUCAUUGUUUCAUCCAUCGAGAAACUUACUGGUGGCAAACACGAUGAGAGAGAGAGGAAAUCCCUUUCCCAAGUAAAAGUUUGAGCAAAUAACAAGAAUAGAGAACUAACUUGAAAAAAUGGCGGAAAGAGAAGCAACUUAACAAUUUCCUUUCCUCCCCAUUUCCAGUACGAAAACGUGCUCCCUAAGCUCAUUUUCGUGUGUGUGUGUGUCUCUCUCUCUCUAUAUAUAUAUACACCACAUAUGUAACAUACUCCCCCAUUCCAACAUUCACGGCUCAAAUAGCAAGAAUCUUGAAACAAAAACUCAACGCUGUCAUACACAUCUCAAAGACAACUGAUUCAAUUGAAAGAACCGAUUGGUUAGCAAGCAAAUUCAAUCCAGCACCAUGGAUCUUGGGCAACACCAAGAAGGCGAAGGAAGUGUCCACUUGCAGAUUGUUGAGCUGAAAUCAAGGCUCAGCGAAACAGGCAGUGCAGGUCCAACCAUUUUUGAACCCCAGAACAGUAUUGAGAAGAGAGACAGCAGCAACGCAAAUUCUGUUUCUCCAACAUCACCAGUAGUCAGAGCACCUGAAAAGAAGCUGACCCUCUUUGCUCUCCGGCUCGCGGUAUUGGAGAAAGUAGCAACCAGCCUAGGAACUCUUGGGUUCAUCUGGGCAACAGUCGUUCUUCUUGGUGGGUUUGCUAUUACUCUCGACAAAACAGACUUCUGGUUCAUCACCGUUAUUCUUUUAAUUGAGGGAACUCGAAUAUUCAGUAGAAGCCACGAGCUUGAAUGGCAACAUCAAGCCACGUGGUCAAUCGCGGAUGCUGGAAUCAACAGCUUCCGGGCAAUAAGGUCCAGCUCACAUUUCAUCAUUCAAGCUGUAAAGAAAAUUUUCCGACCUAUCGAUGCAGUUCGGAAGCAAAGCCGCCACAGCAGAGAUAUUACAGAGAGUGCGCACCUUGCAAGCCGCAGAAACUGGGAUCAAAGAAAGGUGCCAACUAGAGCAUGGAUAAGUUCAGAUGUUCCUCUUCUGCCAUAUGCUCAAUGGGUUUUCCUCUCAAGAAAUGUCAGUAAACUUCUCUACUGGCUCCAGCUUGCAUCGGCGACAGCCUGUGUGGUUCUCUCAUUAAUGAAGCUCAUCAAGCAUAAUUAUGGUGAAGUAGCAAAAGGAGAUACUGACAAGAGAAACCGCAGGUCUGCUCUUACUAUUUUCUAUGCCUUGGCCUUGGCGGAAGCUUUGUUGUUUCUCUUGGAGAAAGCCUACUGGGAGUGGAAUGUCAUCUACUGUAAAUUGUUGGAUGAGGUGAACAAGGAGUGUGAGCUGGGGCCUUCAGGUAUGGUUUCUAUUAGAAGGUUCUUCUACGAUGCUUAUUCGAGAUGUGUCAACGGGAGCAUUUUUGAUGGCCUAAAAAUGGAUAUGGUUUCAUUUGCCAUGGAUCUCUUGGACUCAAAUUCCCCUGAUGAACAGCUCAUUGGAGCUCGGAUUCUUCGAAAAUUUGCACUAAGUGACCGGUUUUUUGAUGACACCCUCCAAAAGAUUGGCGUAAAUUUAUCGGUGAUGGAAAGGUUAAUAGAGAUAUUGAAUUGGAAAGAUCAAAAAGAACAAGAGAUCAGGGAGUCAGCUGCAGAUAUCUUGUCAAAAUUAGCUGGUAAGAAGCAAAAUUCCCUCCGGGUUGCCGGAAUACCUGGCGCUAUGGAAUCAAUAUCAUCUCUGCUCCAUAAUAAUAGGAGCUCUGGCAGCGCAGCUGAUGAAAUCCGUGAAAAGAAUAUAGUCUGUGACCACGAGAAUUAUGCUUUCUGGACAUUCAAUCAUUUGGGACUUCUUAUUCUGAAGAAACUUGCCCGUGAUCAUGAUAACUGUGGGAAGAUUGGAAAUACAAGGGGCCUCCUACCAAAAAUUAUAGAUUUUACGUAUGCAGGAGAGAGGUUGUUGAAGGAUGAAACAGCCUCAGAAUCUCAGAUUAUGACGGUAAAAUGCUCUCUGCAGGUGGUGAAGAUGCUGGCAAGUACAACAGGCACAACCGGUAAACAGCUCCGAGGAGAGAUAUUGGAAGUAGUUUUCACAAUUAGUAACAUCAGAGACAUUUUAAGGUAUGGAGAGAAACGCCCAAUGCUACAGAAGCUGGGCAUAGAAAUCUUAACCAGUUUGGCAUUGGAAGACGAUGCAAAGGAGAUGAUUGGCGGCACAGGUGGAAUUCUUAAGGAAUUGUUCAACAUUUUCUUUGAACAGGUGAUACCUGAAACUCAAAAUCAUGUAAGAAUUGCAGCUGGAGAAGCACUAGCAAUGCUGACAUUAGAAAGCAAGAGCAAUUCUCAUCGCAUCUUGAAAUUGAAGGUAACUGAAAAGCUUGUUGAAGCAUUGGAGGUUCCACUGCUUCGCAUAAAUGCAGCAAGAAUUUUAAGAAACUUGUGCACCUGCAGUGGAGCAGAAUGCUUUGUGCAACUAAGAGGGGUCAUUGCUGCGGCGCCUACUGUGCUUAAAGCAAUCAUGUCAGAAGGAAACAAGUUGCAGGAAGUGAUGAUUGGACUUGCAGCACAUCUUUUCAAAUUUAUGACAUCUCAAGAGUCGAGCAUAGUUUUCGAGAGGGCUGGAAUAAAAGAGGCCGAAUUAGCUAGUGCACUAGUUCAGAUUCUACAAAAAUAUCAGUGCCCACCAAUCAGGAUUCCAAGAAUAAGGAGGUUUGUCAUAGAGUUGGCAAUUUGGAUGAUGAGAGAUAAGGAGACAAACAUUCAAAUUUUCAAGGAUCUUGGAAUGGAGAAGGAGCUGGAGUGUGUCACAGAGACCACAUCAGAGCUUGAAAGCUUUGAUAUUUUCUCUGGCAUUGUUGGACUGAACCGGCACAGAACAACAAUUCACUCACUAGUUGAUAUUGCGAUGAAGUUACUGGGAGAGGAGUAAAAUACAGAAUGCAGUACUAGUAUUGCAAAAUCAAAAUUCCAAAAUGAAGCAAUCUUGCAAACAAAUAACAUAAUCUUGUAAAUACAGAUGCCUAAAUUAUUAGAGGAGAUUCUUUUAUUUGAUGUAAUAAAUAAGUACAAGUAUGUUAUGUAAUACCACUGAUUUUAUUUAGAAAAAAAAAAAAAAAAUCGAUCUAUUGAGGAUCUGUAAAUAAUCUCACACUUUGUUGCAA